UACUGUCUCUCUUCUGUCUUGUUCAAAAUUGAAGUGAUUUUCCAUCGGAUUUGUGAGACUUUCCCGACCUCCCCGGAUGUAACCACAGGUCAGAAUCAUAACAGUCUGAAACUAUGCAUUCUGCAAUUAAAUGUUUAUGAUUUCAGUGUGUAUGGUCCUGUAGAUCUGUUCGAUUUAUGGAAUGCCAUCCUUUGUUUACUGCUCUGGACACCUUUACCCAAAUCACAGAAUGAGAAGUAUCGUAGCACUGUUUGAAGUGUAAUGUGAGCCUGGAACGACUCUGAAUAUGGCUGGAAGACAUUGCUCGGUGUUUUUAGAGAAAAUAUUUCCCUUGAUCUCAUGUGUGAUGAAUGCUAAUCUGAAGACCUCCAAAGAAGGAGUGGAUCUCUCAACAAGAGCUUUAUCUGCAGCACAUCUGACCUGAUUUAUAUGAUGACUGAAAUUACCAUGGAGGCCGAAACAAACAGUGAUGUACCCCAGCAGAACCCAUUUAUGCUCUUUUUUUUAGUUUUUGUCUUUUUUGGUACUGGACUUAUUGGAUUCCUAAUCUGCCAUGUCCUUAAGAAGAAAGGAUACCGAUGCCGUACGUCCCCUGAGGAUCUAGACUCUGACAUCAAGGAAGCUCUAAAUGAGGAACAAGAAAAUGAAAUAUCCAAUGAGGACACUGUAGAACGUAUCGUGAAGUGUAUUAUUCAAAAUGAAGCCAACACAGAAGCACUUAAGCAGAUGCUGGGAGAAAAUGAAGGAGAGGCACUCCCUGCCCCCAGUCUGUGUGUACACAGAGAAAGCCAGGAUGCUGGCCCAUCUCAUCACCACACGGUACACCUUGGCUCAAACCUAGCACCUUGCUUGCACUGUACCCGCAAGAAAAGAAGUCUUCUGCAUCGUAUGGGCCGAUCGAAGGAUAGCAGAGGAAAGACACACCCAGGAGAGGUCACAGUCUUCUCUGUUGGGAGAUUUAGAGUCACUCAUAUCGGAAAGAAAAACAGUUUACAGGGAUCACAAGACGACCCAAAUGCAAGUAGUGAGCCCAUUUCAUCAAACAAAGAUCCUGAAGACGAGACAUGGUCAAAAUCCAAGAAUGGCUUAGCAACGCAAGAAGCCCAUGAACAAGGGACAUUACCUUUAUCAAUAAAUGGACCAGGAAUGGUGGGCUUAGCAAAAAUGGAGUUUCAAAGAGAAUCAGAGAUUAAAUGUGUGGAGAACAAUGGACUAAAGAAAUUGGAGAACAAAAUCCAGAAAACCACUGCAAAGACCAAAGUGUCCAAAGAAAGACGUAGCAGUGCACCAGAACAGACCGUAACGCAACGGCAGAAAGGAAACAUGAAAAUAGAUGAACAUAAACAAAAAAGACCUAUAGCAACAGUCAACCCAAUACAACAGGUCAGUAAAGAGACUUCCUCUCAAAAACAAUGACAAGUACGGAACAAUUUGGACACUGAAAUUGUCUAUUUACGCCACCACAGUGGAUUUCAAAUGAAACAACCAGGAUGCAAUUGAAGUGCAGACUUUCAGCUUUAAUUCAAGGGUUUGAACAAAAAUAUCACAUGAAACAUUUAGGAAUUGCAACCGUUUUCAUACACAGUUCCCUUAUUUCAGGGGAUCAAAUGCAAUUGGACAAAUGAACACAAUCAUAAAUAAAAUGUAAAUUUUUAUUACAUUGUCAAGAAUUCUUUACAGGCAGUGACUGGUUGACGUUUAGAACAAAUGGACAUUACCAAACACUGGGUUUCCUCCUUCAGUUGUUCGUUCGUGGGUCUUUCUGUCUUGUGUUUUAUCUUCAGCAAGUGAAAUGCAUGCUCAAUCAAGUUGAGAUCAGGUGGUUGA